UGGAUGUUGGGGAGGCCUGAUUGGCUGGAAAACUGAAGGAUCUCCAUUCUGAUUGGUUGUUCUGAGUGGGACACAGAGGAGAGAAAGCAAGAGAGAUGACGGAUGGGUGCCUAUUUGUCCUUAGGACUGAGGGUUGUGGGUUCUAAUUGGAAGGGAGAUCUGGGAUGGGUCUAGAUUCUGAUUGAUUGCUCCGUCUGGGGGCCCACUGGUGGUUAGGCAUUUGAUUGACUUUUUAGAAUUGGCACAGGGAGAUUGAGGGUCUUCAUGCCAAUUGGCCAGUAGGACUCAGAGGCUUGGGUUCUGAUUAGUUCUUCUGACUUGUGGUUGGGAGAAGAGAGAAUGAUCGCUAUUAGAACUGAGGAGUUCUGAGCACAUAAGAGCUGGGGAAGGGGUGGUUGCAGUGUACAGGAUGUGAUCUGCCUGUAACACUUUCCUUGCAUUAUGAUGAGGGUUACUCUACUUAGAAAAGGGCGGAGGUGAGAGGAUGCAACGCAAAGCUGAUUUCACCAGCAGAUGAUGAGGAUGCAGCCCUUAAUGAGUCCCUGUUUUGACCGACUGAAGAGGGAAUGGGGAAAUUGAAGCCAGGACUACUCGAUGCAGAUUGGCUACGGACGCAAAACGCCCACCAACCUUGGCCUGCCCCAGUCUCCACCCCAAACCUGACUCAGGUGAAAAUGGCGCCACGCGUGGGGGCGGGGCCAGCAGCACACAGAGAACGCCUAUUGGUUGGGAGCGGCACAGGCCGCCUUCUUCGCUUCGCCAUUGGCCCGCUCCAUAAGGCGAGGGAACCUACGAGGGGGGUGAGCCCGAACUAGGGAUGUGACAGAGCUCCAGGGCCAACACAGAGACAGUCCGGAGUCCUGCAGGAGGCCGCUACCGUCUCGCGGCUGGCUGCAGUUUUCAGGACUACGGGGACGGCAGGGGGAGGGAAUAGCUUUCUGUUGAACAGUCCAAGACGCUGACCCGUGCAACGGGACCACGCCUGGUUCCUGUGUCUCUUACCAAACCGUGACUCCGGAGCACAGGACUGGGUUUGGUGGUCGUGACCAGUUUGUGAUCCUUGAAGGAAGAGACCAAGCCUGGUCCUGUAUCUCCCUCGCCAGACUCUGACAGGGAGGGCUGGGAUCAGGUUUUCCUGUUCCUUUUUUUUUUUUUUAACUUCCUGCCUAUCCACACGAAGCCAUCAGCCCACAAAGACAUGACUACCAACGCGGGCCCUUUGCACCCAUAUUGGCCUCAGCACCUAAGACUGGACAACUUCGUGCCUAAUGACCGCCCCACCUGGCAUAUACUGGCUGGCCUCUUCUCUGUCACAGGGGUCUUAGUUGUGACCACAUGGCUGUUGUCGGGUCGUGCUGCAGUGGUCCCACUGGGGACUUGGCGGCGACUGUCCCUGUGCUGGUUUGCAGUGUGUGGGUUCAUUCACCUGGUGAUUGAGGGCUGGUUCAUUCUCUACUACGAGGACCUGCUUGGAGACCAAGCCUUCUUAUCCCAACUCUGGAAAGAAUAUUCCAAGGGAGACAGCCGAUACAUCCUGGGUGACAACUUCACAGUGUGCAUGGAGAGCAUCACAGUUUGCCUUUGGGGACCACUCAGCCUGUGGGUGGUGAUUGCCUUUCUCCGCCAGCAUCCCCUACGCUUCGUUCUACAGCUCGUGGUCUCUGUGGGUCAGAUCUAUGGGGAUGUGCUCUACUUCCUGACGGAGCACCGUGACGGAUUCCAGCACGGGGAGCUGGGCCACCCUCUCCACUUCUGGUUUUACUUUGUCUUCAUGAACAGCCUGUGGCUGGUGCUGCCUGGAGUCCUCGUGCUUGAUGCUGUGAAGCACCUCACUCAUGCCCAGAGCAUGCUGGAUGCCAAGGCCACGAAAGUCAAGAGCAAGAAGAACUGAGGAGUGGUGGACCGGGCUCAAAUGCUGGCCAAGGAGGAGCUCUCCACCUGCCAGAAGAGCCUAGUCCUGCUCCCACAGGUUGGAGGGACAAAGCUAAUUGAUCUGUACACUCUGGCUCAUGGGUGGGCAUGAGACGGGGAAGAAAGGGGCUGUGUGGAGGCACUGCUGGGAGCCAUUGGGACACAGAUACAAGAGAAGCCAGGAGGUCUAUGAUGGUGGCAAUUUUUUAAAUCGGGAAAUAAAAGAUCUUGACUCUAA